AGUUAAAUUUUUACACAGAACCCCCCUUCUUGUGUUUCAGGAAACUGAAGCACGGGGUCAGUGACUCGCCAGGCAGUGGCGGCACACAGCGCACAUAUUACGGGGGUGUAGAAUGCAAUGAAAGAAGAAAAAAAAAAAACACAAACAAAACUGAAUUUUAUACAAAUCAUACAGCUGGACCACAAACAUUAGCAGGAAGAAGAAAAGGAUGUUUUGAUCACAGUUAAUGCAUGAUGGUCCUCUCAAAACGCUCUGCGGAGGGCGUCUCUGCAUCCACCUCUGACUCCGUAAAGGACAUUGUCAUCACUGCGCCUCCUCCUGGCUCUGUGGAGGGCGUCUCUGCACCCACCUCUGACUCGGUAAAGGACAUUGUCAUCACUGCGCCUCCUCUUGGCUCUGAAGAAGGCGUCUCUGCACCCACCCCUGACUCCGUAAAGGACAUUGUCAUCACUGCGCCUCCUCCUGGCUCUGCGGAGGGCGUCUCUGCACCCACCCCUGACUCCGUAAAGGACAUUGUCAUCACUGCGCCUCCUCUUGACUCUGCAGAGGGCGUCUCUGCACCCACCUCUGACUCGGUAAAGGACAUUGUCAUCACUGCGCCUCCUCCUGGCUCUGCGGAGGGCGUCUCUGCACCCACCUCUGACUCGGUAAAGGACAUUGUCAUCACUGCGCCUCCUCCUGGCUCUGCGGAGGGCGUCUCUGCAUCCACCUCUGACUCCGUAAAGGACAUUGUCAUCACUGCGCCUCCUCCUGGCUCUGCGGAGGGCGUCUCUGCAUCCACCUCUGACUCCGUAAAGGACAUUGUCAUCACUGCGCCUCCUCCUGGCUCUGCGGAGGGCGUCUCUGCAUCCACCUCUGACUCCGUAAAGGACAUUGUCAUCACUGCGCCUCCUCCUGGCUCUGCAGAGGGCGUCUCUGCACCCACCUCUGACUCCGUAAAGGACAUUGUCAUCACUGCGCCUCCUCCUGGCUCUGCGGAGGGCGUCUCUGCAUCCACCUCUGACUCCGUAAAGGACAUUGUCAUCACUGCGCCUCCUCCUGGCUCUGCAGAGGGCGUUGUUGUCACUCCACCUCAAUGUAUUCACCUCAAUGUCAUCCUUUAAGAUGACAUUCUAGUCAUCAUGUUCAUGUGGAGUUUGAGUCAUGAACAAAAUCCAACCAGGUAGUAAUUUUUGAAUGUUAAUGUUUGAUUGCUCCUACAUACACGGAUGUUUAUUCAUUUUUAUGCCAUUCUGAAAAUGAAAUUUGCAUUCAUUUGCAUGAGGAUUUGUAAAAGAUUUGGAAAUAGCGAGACGAAGUCAGCAAGAAUGUGGUAAACAUGUAUAACAGCAAGCGGUCAUGAUUUGUGGCCUCUUUGGCCUUCCACAUGAAACCCGAAGGCGUUUUAAAACACAAACACACCGAUCAUUUAAAUCUUUUUUUUUUUUUUUUUUUUUACCGAGUGGAAAAUUUUUCAGUCAGGAAGCAGGAGUAGCAGCGGAGCGCCUUGAGGAAACACACCCAGAGGAAGAGUUUCACUAACUUCCAGUUGAAUCUCAUUUCACUCCUCCUUAACUCGCUGUGAUAAGGAAGAGCUCGGAAAGAAACAUG